UCCGGGGGACCGCUAAUGUAGGCGCAACCUGUGUGCGCCGGGAUAUCAGCCCGUGUUCAAGGUUUUAAUAGUUUUGUUUACAAAAUGGAUGAAUAUAAAGCCUGUAACCUGGACUACUUUCCAGAAAACAUUUUAAUUGACGUGUUGUCGUUUUUGAGCGUACGAGAGCUCGUCAAAGCCGGAAGAGUGUGUAAGAGAUGGAAACGCCUUGUUAAAGACCAAAGACUGUGGAGACUUGUCGAUCUGACUGCAUGGAAAGGGGUGACAUCCCGCAUACUCUGGCUCCUGCUUCGUCAGUACCUUGGUUGUGGACUAAGGUGCCUACGUUUGCGUGGUUUGCUGCUUUCUGCUCGAGGGGGCACCUUUCUCUCUGAGUCUUGGCUCAAAGCUUUGUCCACAAAGUGCCCUCGCCUGAGUAAGCUCUAUCUUCUGCACGCAGACCUGCGAGGCCUGCCCAGUUGCCAGCUCCUACCUACGUCUUUGCAGGUGCUGGAGCUGCGUGGCUGUGAGCUGCCUCGUGAAUUUUUCAACCAGACUUCACCUGCUUGUUCCCAAGAAAGAGCAGAAGCCACAUCCAGCGUUGGUGCUCAACAGAAAGGAAGGGAUCGGAAAGGAAAAGGUCAGGGCUCUCCAUCAGGGAUUGGCAUUGGGAGGUUAGUCCUUAACAACGUGCCCUCUUUCACAGACCAGCAUCUGCAGAGUCUGACAACAUGGGAGAAGCUCAGUCGGCUGGAGCUGCGCGACACCUUUCGUGUGACAGCUAACGGGCUCAGGAGCUGUGCUGCCAAGGACGUCCCCUGUGGUGUGGAAGGGCUUUCCAGGCUCAAGUUUUUAGAAAUAGGCAUCACUGGGCGGCAAGGCUACCAGUUACAGAUGGCCUCCCUCGGGCUGGGGGCAGGAUGGCUCGGCCUGGAGGAGCUGAGUCUUGGGGGUAAGGAGGUGGGGCCGGGCUUGCUCUGUGCCAGCCGCCUGAAGGACCUGAAAUGUCUGUGCCUGUGGGCCUGCACGCUCAGCAAGAUGCAGAUAGUGCGGAGCUGCAGGAUGCUCCGUGGGCUUCGCCGGCUGGAGUUUUUGGACGUGACCUUCCAGCCUCCACAGUGUCCACCUGUAGUAGAGGGGGAGGGUGCUGGCGUUGGCGCUGGCGCUGGUGCUGGAGCUGGUGCUGGAGCUGGUGCUGGUGCUGGUGCUGGUGGUGGAGAAGAGCAGGAAAAUGAGGAAGCUGCAGGUGGAGAUAACAGCAAUGAAGAGAACAAGACACUAGACACGAACGAUCCCAUUCCAAGUUUGCGUCGCUCACUGGCUGUCCUGCUGCCAUCCUGCACUCUAGUUUUCACCAACUGCUCUGUUCAGAUCAACGCAGACUAAAUCUCUUCUCCUGCUGUAUACAAGAAGUGGCCAAUUAUAGAUACAAUUCUCUUUCACACAGGCAUAUGUCAUUUUCUGUAGCGUUAUGGGUAUAACAAACGACUUAAAGUUGUUAUCAUUGUGUCGUGCGUAAAACUAUGAGUCGACAAGAUGUAACUAAAUCAUCAGAGCCGGCUCCGGAUAUGAAUCAGAUAUUCAUGUCAACAACAUUUUAAAAACACUGCAAAACAUCUACUGUAUAAUACUAGAGAAAUCAGAGUAAACUCUUUAAUUAAAUAGUCCACCUUGCCUUCUUUUCCAGGCUUUUAAGACGUUUUCCCCCGUAAUUAUUUUUUAAUCUGCCAACCUCAAUAGCCAGAGGAGGAAAACCAUGUUUGACUUCUCGAUAAGCAAAAUGUAUCAUAUGAUUCAAGGCCAUA